UGGAGCAAGUGCUUCCGCACGGGCGUCCAAUCAGAGGCGUGUGUUGUGGUCGUGCUUCUGUUUGGCCCAGCAGAAGCUGUUCAGAGCCGGUUUGUGUGGAAAUGUCGAGCCGAUCGCUGCGGAGACUGAAGGGAAAACAGCGCGGACAGGAGGACAUAGACAUCCGAGACUUGAAACUGACUGAUGUGGAAGGUCGAGGAAGGGAUUUAGAGGAGGAGGAAGGUGAAGGAGAGCAGGAGGAUGAAGUCUUACAGCCGACAGGGAGCACCAACCGGAAAGCGAAGAAGAAGAACAAAAAUCAGAAAAACAUCAGCAACAUUUAUGAACUGAUUGGUGAAGCUGCUGAUCCCGAUGGCACCAAGACGCAGAGCGAAGAGGAGAGCAUCCCGGCACCAGGAAACCAAGAAAAGUCUGACUCAAAUGAAAAGGCAAGUCAUAAGAAAAAAAAGAAGAAGAAGAGAAAAAAGGCUCCUGCCGCAGAGGCGCCGGAGGAGCUAGUUAAAGGUGAUGACAUUGACGCGUUGCUGGAGAGCAUUGAGAAGGAGAACAGUUUGUCUGUUCAGAGUGAGGAUGGUGGAGUUUCAGGACACAGACCUGUGCUUUAUGUAGAACACAGAAAUCUUAACCCUGAGACUGAACUAAAGAGGUAUUUUGGAGCUCGGGCUGUGCUUGGAGACCAGAGGCCCAGACAAAGACAGAGACAGUUCCAUCGCAGCACAUGGAUGACCUCCCCUAAAGACACAUGGCCUCGCUUUAGUCGUCCAGGAAUCUCUAUGCAUUUGCUGGAGUCAAAAGACAACCUUCACUUUUUUGCGUUUGAACACAGUCGCGAUUACCAGCAAGUCCAGUUCAAGUUCUUCGAUGCUGUGGAAUCUAUGGAUCCUAAUAAUAUUGUGGCCCUGCUACAGCUUAACCCCUACCACAUUGACUCUCUGCUGCAACUCUCCGAUGUGUGUCGCAUACAAGAGGACCAGGAGACGGCCAGAGACCUGAUCGAGAGGGCUCUGUACAACUUCGAGUGUGCAUUCCAUUCGGUGUUCAGCCUCACCUCGGGGACCAGCAGGUUGGACUACCGAAGAACUGAGAACAGAGCUUUUUAUCUGGCAGUUUACAAGCACAUGAUGUUCCUGGAGAAAAGAGGAUGUCCACGCACAGCUCUGGAGUACUGCAAGCUCAUCCUGAGUCUGGACCCGGAUAACGAUCCUCUGUGCAUGCUGCUGCUGGUCGAUUUUCUGUGUCUGCGCUGUCGAGAAUACACGUUUCUCAUCCGACUGUAUGAUGAGUGGGAGGUACAUCGGAAUCUCUCUCAGCUGCCCAACUUUGCCCUCUCAGUAGCCCUAGCAUGCUACCACAUGAGUCAGCAAGAGGAAAUGACUCCUGAAGAGAGCCAGCGCAUGAAGCUCAGAUCUGACACGAUGCUGCAGGAUGCUCUCAUCUUCUUUCCUGGAGUGCUGAUGCCUUUGUUGGACCAGUGCUCGGUCCAGCCCGACUCUACCGUGUCCUCCCAUGCAUUCUUUGGUGUCAAGAGCCGUUUAGGGCAGCCUCCUGCUUUGUCUGAGCUCAUGGGUCUGUACGUGGGCCGCUGUCACAGCCUGUGGAAGGAGGCAGGAGUAAUGCUGUGGUUAGAGGGAAACGUUCAGGAGGUGAUGAGGAGAGUCAACGAUAAGGACCCACUGGUGGAAGACUGCCAGAACAAGAGGAAGCAGAGAUACCAAAGCGCUCCCAGGAACAUUCACAGACACGUACUUCUUUCAGAGAUUAAGGAGGCCACGUCUGCACUGCCUCUGGAAGUGACCACACAACCAGUGAUGAGUUACGAUCCACUUCCUCCUCUAGACUCUGUCGUCUCCUACACCAGGCCGGAGAGGCAGAAUCCGAAUGCCUCGAAUGAGAGCACUUUGUCGCUCUUGUUCCGCUCUUUGUUACCCAACUUCAACCUGCAGGGUGAACAGCGGCCUGAGGAUGACCUGGAAGUGGCACGUGCAGGUCGGGAACUGAACCAGGAAGUGAACCGAUUGAUGGUGGCCAUGAGGGACAUGUUAGCUAACAUCCAAUUUCAGGAUCCUCCGAGGGAUGAUGACGUAGACCGAGACGAGGAGGAGUGGGACUGAAUCAUGGAAUGAGAGCAGGAGAGAAAAAAAUGAUAGCAAAAAGACAAUGGAGUAGCAGGUUGAGGUGGAAAACAAGAAACCUGUACAUUCACAGAAAUUUCUAUCCUUUUGUUUCCUUCCCAGAUUAAACCUGAAUUGUUGAUUGAUUCGUGAGUAUGCUGAAUCUUCCAGACUGUAAAUCUGAGCUCGUUAGAUGCUUUUAUUUUAAAUUUAGAGCAAAAGAGAUAAAACAUAAUGGUCUUAAUCUGAGCUUGUACGCUAAGCAGCUGAGGGGUAACGGUGUUCCUCAAGGACCCAACACUGGUUUCUAGAUUUGAACAAACACUAGGUUGAAUAUCAGAUGUCAUUACUUUGCACAAUUUCCUCUCAUGGCGUGAUCCAAGUCAUCUAUUGAGCUAUAAAUGAUCCUACUGUUAAAUUCAUAUUUUCAUUAAAAGAGUUUCUUGCCUGG